AUGUUAAGACUCAAGCCUCGGAUGGAUGCCUCCGUCCGUCCUCCCGUCUCCGUCCCCGUGUUCCCCGUCCGUUGCUUGAGAUCCUCCUUCUCCGAGAUACCGCCUUCGCACUGCCUGCUUCAGGAGACGUGGGCUUUUCCACCCAACCGACACACCCGUAAUUUCUCCACGACGCCACACGAAUUCCCACGCGAAUCUUCCUUUGCUACACCGGGCCAUAUCGCAUUCCUCAGCCGCUCUACCAAAAGUGCCAUUGCCGCUGCGCAUCGCAUCGUCGACCUAGCCGACAGCUACACGGCUCCCAUCUCCAACUUUUAG